GUGGUGGUCAGACGGCAACCUUCAGCUAACCGGUUUCCCCAACACUGAUAAGCGGAUAAAUAAUGGAAGGGCGGCAACGGCCUGCAACAGUUGCGGGACCCACCAACUUCAAAACCAUCGAUCCAAACCCUUGGUUUUACCGUUAUACAUAUUAGGCAACUCCAAUAAGAAGAGAGACGAAAAAUGUUCUCUUCCCAACAAUGACUCUCUUCUCCAAAUUCCUCUCUUUUCUACUCUUUCUAAUCACCGCCCAUUUCUCGUUCUCACAUGCUGAUACAAAUUCCACCCUCUUGAGCUGCUCCACCAAAUGUGGGUCCGUUGAGAUCACCUACCCGUUCGGAAUCGGCCAUGGCUGUUAUCUCCCUGGCUUCGAAGUCAUCUGCAACCAAAGCAUUCCAUUCUUAUCCCAAUCCAACAAUAUCCAACUACUUGAGAUCUUGGAAGGUCAUGUACGUAUCAAUUCAAGCAUAUACAUUGCCAAGUUCUGUACAUACAUUAACAUGGGGGAUGCAGAAUACGUGUCUAUCGAACUAGGUGAAGAAAGCCCGUUUACGGUCUCAGUCACCUCUAACACAUUCUUCGCCAUCGGAUGCAAUGUGGCCGGAAUCAUGACUGACAACAAGACGACACUUACCGAAUGCGUCUCUCAGUGCUUCCCGGAGGAACCCAUCGACAACGGUUCUUGCACUGGGAAAGGAUGUUGCCAAACUUCCAUUCCGUCAGUUAAAGAACGCCUCAUGAUCUAUGUUGGCGUGGCAUUUCCUCAAGGGUAUUCUAAGGGGAGCGGGAUUAGUUCCAGGCGAUGUAUUUACGGAUUCAUUGUCGAAGAUGGGACCUUCAGUUUCAAGGAAUCGGAUCUUAAUGAGUUCAAUGCGACGGCGGAUAUGGCGAUGAAGCUUGACUGGGCCAUAGGUGAAAUGGGCUGUGAUGAGGUAGCAAAAAAGAAAAAGGAUGUGUAUGCUUGUGGAGAGAGAAGCAUCUGUGUUGACUCCAAUAGAGGGUCUGGAUAUCUAUGCCAAUGUCCUGAUGGCUUCAGUGGGAACCCUUAUCUCAACGGCUCUCAAGGAUGCCAAGACAUCAACGAGUGCUUGAAUUCAUCACGUUGCGUGCCCGGAGCUGUCUGUGUGAACAAAGUUCCUGGUUACAAAUGCAAGUGUCCGAAAGGGAGCUCGGGGGAUGGUUUCAUCGAUGGAAGUGGAUGCACAAAGAGCUUCCCCGUCAUCAGAGUCGUCUUAGGUGUUGGUUUAAGCAUCUUGAUUUUCCUCGUGGGUGGUUCAUGGCUGUACUGGGCACUAAAGAAAAGAAGACUCAUCAAUCUCAGAGAGAAAUUCUUCCGAGAAAAUGGCGGACUCUUAUUACAAUCUCAAAUAUCUUCUCGCGAUGGUAGCAGAAAGGAGUCUACCAGGAUCUUCACUUCAGAAGAGCUUGACAAGGCAACAAACAACUAUGAUGACAGCCGGAUCCUUGGCAAGGGAGGACAUGGCACCGUCUAUAAGGGAAUUCUGGAAGAUGGUAGAGUAGUUGCCAUUAAGAAAUCCAAAUUAGUCGAUAAAAGGCAAAUCCAACAAUUCAUAAAUGAAGUAGUUAUCUUGACUCAAAUCAACCACCGAAAUGUCGUGAAGCUCUUGGGCUGUUGUUUAGAGACUCAAGUUCCAUUGCUGGUCUACGAGUAUGUCUCCAAUGGCACCUUACAUUGCCACAUCCAUGCUAAUGAUAUCUACGCCAGACGAAUCUCAUGGGAGGAUCGCUUAAGGAUCGCUACUGAAAUUGCAGAAGCUCUGGCCUACUUACACUCUUCUGCUUCGAUUCCCAUCUUCCAUAGAGAUGUGAAGUCUUCCAACAUACUGUUGGAUGAGAAGUACACUGCCAAAGUGUGCGAUUUCGGAAUUUCAAGGCUUGUUGAGUUGGAUCAAAAUGAGAUAACUACAUUGGUGCAGGGGACAUUGGGGUACUUGGAUCCAGAAUACUUCCAGACGAGCCAACUAACUGCAAAGAGCGAUGUCUAUAGCUUUGGGGUGGUUCUAGUCGAGCUUCUGACGGGACAAAAGCCCGUCUCAUUUGAAAGAUCGGAAGAGGGUACUAAUCUCGCAAUGUAUUUUCUUUCCUCAAUGAGAACUAGAAAAUUAGCUGAUAUUUUAGAAGUUGAAAUACUUAGGGAGGAGAGGAUGGAUGAAGUUAAGGCGGUUGCAGAACUUGCAAUGAAAUGCUUGCAAUUGAAGGGCGAGAGAAGGCCGAUGAUGAAGGAAGUGGUUCAAGAACUUUCAUCACUCAAAGAUUUCCAUCCACAUACACAGGAAGAUACGAUGUGGUCGAUUGAUUACAAUGAAUCCAACGGAGAUUGGGAUACUGAUAGUGAAGUUUUUCCAUCGGAAAUGGGACGGUGAUUAGAUACUCGGUAUCGCUGUUGAUGCCAUUGUCUAACAUGUGAAAUUAUCAUAUUUUGUUAGUUCAAAAUUCGAACUUAUCAUUCAUUUGAAAAUUUUGUAGAAAUGUAAUUCCAAGAUAACUAUAAAAUUUGGUGGUUCUUGCUUAA